AUGGCGACAAUUCACAUCGACGACAAGGCCGGCAAGGACGAGCCCGGCCAGCAGGGCACGCCCGAGUCCCCCUUCAAGACUCUCCAGUUCGCAUACCUCCAACACCCCGCCCAGACCUACCUCGUCGCCGCCGAGGCCGAGGACGGAUCCAAGGAGUGGAAGCCCGCUGCCAAGUCAGCCUUGAAAAAGGCCACCACCUACUAUGAGACCCAGCAGAAGAAGAAGGCCAAGGAGGCCGAGCUCGCUGCUGCGCGCCAGCGCCAGGAGGAGGAGCGCAAGGCCACCCUCGAGGCCGCCAAGAAGAUCGUGAUCGAGCAGGACCCCUCACUACCCGAACCGAUAACGAUCAAGCUCGACGAGGUUGGCGAUCACAUCAAGCUGCGGAAGGGCGACGAUGGCGAGAAGGGCACCCGAGUUCGCGUGCUGGGUCGCGUGCACCGGGAGCGCAAGCAGAAGGAGCUCCUCUUCAUCACCCUGCGCGACGGCUAUGGAUACAUGCAGAUCGUCGUGGGCGGACAGCUCGCCAAGACCUACGACGCCAUCACCCUGACGCGCGAGACCUCGAUGGAGAUCAUUGGCGAGAUCUGCGAGGUCCCCGCCGGCGCUCGCGCCCCGCUCAACCGCGAGCUGCGCGCUGAUUACUUCCACAUCCCCGCCCACUGGAAGGCCGCCGGUGGUGAUGAUGCUAUUACCAACAGGGUAUCAGCAGACAACCAGUCCCACGCUCACCUGCUCGACCUUCGCCACCUCACCCUGCGUGGCGAGACCUCGUCGUCGGUCCUGCUCGUCCGCGACGCCGUCGAGUACGCAUUCCUGACUGCCUACCGGGAGCUCAAGAUCCGCAAGGUCAGCCCGCCCGCGCUGGUCCAGACCCAGGUCGAGGGCGGCGCCACCCUGUUCAAGCUCGACUACUACGGCCAGGAGGCCUAUCUCACGCAGUCGUCUCAGCUGUACCUCGAGACCUGCCUUCCCUUCAUGGGCAACGUCUUCUGCAUCGAGAAGUCCUUCCGUGCGGAGAAGUCGCUGACCCGUCGCCAUCUCUCCGAGUUCACCCACGUCGAAGCGGAGCUGGACUUCAUUACCUUCGACGACCUCCUCUCCCACAUCGAGCACCUCAUCUGCCGCGUCCUCGAGAUCCUGUUCGCCGACCCCGUCACCGCCGCCCACAUCAAGACCCUCAACCCCGAGCUCACCAUGCCCAGCCGCCCCUUCCUGCGCAUGAGGUACUCCGACGCCAUCGACUGGCUCGUCAAGAACGACAUCCCCAACGAGGAGGGCGAGCCGCACAAGUUCGGCGACGACAUCGCUGAGGCCGCCGAGCGGAGGAUGACCGACAUCAUCAACAAGCCCAUCUUCAUCACCCACUUUCCCCGCGAGAUCAAGGCCUUCUACAUGCAGGUCGACAAGGACGACACCCGCGUCACCGAGAGCGUCGACUGUCUGAUGCCCGGCGUCGGCGAGAUCGUCGGUGGCUCCAUGAGAUUGGACGACUACGACGCGCUCAUGGCCGCCUUCAAGCGCGAGGGCCUGGACCCUGAGGCGUACUCGUGGUACGUUGACCAGAGGAAGUACGGCAGCUCCCCCCACGGCGGCUACGGCCUGGGUCUGGAGCGCCUGCUGGCGUGGAUCUGCAAGCAGCACACCGUCCGGGACUGCUGCCUGUACCCGCGCUACAUGGGCCGCUGCAAGCCUUGA